AUGUCUAAGUUAAAACAAGCAUUCACCCAACUCACUCAUUCUUCCACUAACAACAAGAAGAAAAAGAAGCUCUUCUUGUCUCUCUUCGCCACCCUCCUCCUCGUCGCCUCCGUGGUUGCCAUAGUCGCCGGCGUAAACUCCCACAAAAACAACAACUCCUCUUCCUCCUCUUCUCUCGCACUCUCUCACCACUCCCACACCAUCAUCAAAAACGCUUGCAGCUCCACAUUCUACCAAGACCUCUGUUUCUCGGCCGUCUCCUCCGAGCCUGGCGUGACAAACAAGGUCACUUCUCACAAAGAUGUCAUUGAAUUGUCCCUCAACGUUACUUGCAGGACCGUCGAGCACAACUUCUUUGUUAUCAAGAAGAUUCUCGAGGAGCGGGAGAAGAUCCUCACCCACAGGGAGAGGAUCGCCCUCCACGACUGCCUUGAGACCAUUGACGAGUCCCUUGACGAGCUCCAUCAGGCCUACGAGGACAUCAAGCUCUAUCCUAACUCUAACAAGAAGACUCUCUACCAGCACGCCGAUGAUCUCAACACUCUUAUUAGUGCCGCCAUAACCAACCAGGUGACUUGCUUGGACGGUUUCUCGCACGACGCGGCGGACAAGAAUGUAAGGAAGGCUCUAGAAGAAGGUCAGGUACACGUGGAGCACAUGUGCAGCAACGCAUUGGCUAUGACGAAGAACAUGACCGACACCGACAUCGCAAACUACGAACAGAAAAUGAUGACGACGGCGACGGCGAACGGAGGAAGGAAGUUGAUGAUGAUGGAGGAAGAAGAAGACGAGAAGGGAGUAAAGUGGCCGCAGUGGAUGUCGGUUGGUGACAGGAGGCUGUUGCAGGCGGCGACGGUGAAGGCGGACGUUGUGGUGGCGGCGGACGGGAGCGGGAACUUCAAGACAGUGUCGGAGGCGGUGAAGGCGGCGCCGGAGAAGAGUAGCAAGAGGUAUGUGAUUAAGAUCAAAGCUGGUGUAUACAGAGAGAAUGUUGAAGUGCCGAAGAAGAAGACGAAUAUAAUGUUCUUGGGAGAUGGAAGAACCAACACCAUUAUCACCGGAAGUAGAAACGUUAAAGAUGGCGACACCACCUUCAACUCCGCCACCGUCGCCGUUGUGGGACCAAACUUUCUUGCAAGAGACAUAACCUUCCAAAACACAGCCGGAGCAGCAAAGCACCAAGCGGUGGCACUUCGAGUCGGUGGCGACCUCUCAGCUUUCUACAACUGCGAUAUCCUCGCCUACCAAGACACCCUCUAUGUCCACAACAACCGUCAAUUCUUUGUCAAUUGCCUCGUCGUGGGCACCGUCGACUUUAUCUUUGGUAAUUCAGCCGCAGUUUUUCAAAACUGCGACAUCCAUGCCCGGCGCCCUGACCCUGGUCAGAAGAACAUGGUCACGGCGCAGGGCAGGGUUGACCCUAACCAAAACACCGGAAUUGUGAUCCAAAAAUGUAGGAUUGGUGCCACCACGGAUUUGGAGCCUGUGAAGAAGAGUUUCCCUACCUACCUUGGUAGGCCAUGGAAGGAGUACUCUAGAACCGUGAUCAUGCAAAGCACCAUAAGCGAUGUAAUUCAACCUGUUGGAUGGCAUGAGUGGAAUGGAGACUUUGCACUAAAUACUUUGGUUUAUAGAGAGUACCAAAAUACUGGGCCUGGUGCUGGUACUUCUGCUAGGGUUACCUGGAAGGGCUAUAAGGUAAUUACAAAUGCUGCUGAGGCCCAGGCUUUUACAGCUGGGGCCUUCAUUGGGGGUUCUAAUUGGUUGGGCUCAACAGGCUUCCCUUUCUCUCUUGGGUUAUAAUUAGUUAUAUUUGGAACUUAACAUUGAGUCUAUUCAUGGUCCAAAAAAUUUAUUAAAAAAAAGACACUUUGAGUCUAUUCUUUUUCCCCCUUACACCUACUAGAAUAGUAGAGGGAAAUUGGGUUAAAAAGAGAAAGAGAAAAUGAGGGAGGGUGUGAUUAUUAUCAUUAUUGAGAUUAAGAUGUAUUAUUUGGAUAUCAUGAAAAAAAAAGAAAAGAGGUAUUAUUUGGAGUGCCAUAUGUUACUCUGCAGAUGAGGCUGAUGUUACUUUAAUUUAUUUGUUGUAAUGUUGCUCAUAUGGUUGGAAUUAA